AUGGUGAUGUUGCAACCACAAUUUCUUAUGCCUUUUCACAUUGUCUUUCACAUUAAUGAAGGGAAAACUGACAGUGGAACGCCACACGCCGUAGGAUUAGCACAAUCCAACGGCUCCGUUUUCACGCCUUUACAAAUACCUUCGAGAGCGGGAAAUCGUAGAACGUCUCAACAAAAUGUUGAAGGUGUAUAUGCAUUGCACGACUUCGAUGGUGAUGCUGAAGAGUUAGAAGGACAAAAUACUAAGAACAUGAAGAGAAGGAGAAGAAGAGGAGAAGAACAAGCCGACGAGAAAGAAGAACUUGAAGAUGAUAAAGAAGACGACGAUGAAGAUGAUGAUGAUUAUGAUGAUCACAGCGACGCAUCAAUCAACGAUGACAAUGACGAUGAUGAGGACGAUUGA